GAGCAAGCUGUGAUGAUGGGGUGGAUGGAUGGGCGGAUUCUUGACUUCCAAGGUUGCCGAUGGACACUGGCAGGUCUGUCAACACACAAUGCCUACACACCACCACACCCACACAUAGGUAGCUCCAUGCCAGGGUGCGCGUAAUGUGUCCAUGUACAAGGCCUCGUCCACAGUCCGUCGCAUGGGACUGAGGGCUGAUGUCAUCGUCACCAAGACCACAGACGGCCGAUCGAUGACAUCUAUCUGAGCCGGUCCGCCGGACCUGGGCCGGCGACUUCUUCUCCCGACAUGGUGCUGCACGCAGGUGGCAUUGCGAUGAGCAACACAAACACAGAAAUCCUGCUCGCAGGCGCUGCGGCGGCCUUCGCCGUCGACCUGGUCGUCUAUCCCCUCGACACAGUCAAGACUCGUCUCCAGAGCCAGGAUUACCUCAAGACCUUCUCGCGCUCGGCCUCUGCCAGCCACGCCUCGGCCGGCCACGCCUCGGGCAGUGUCUUCCGCGGGCUCUACCAGGGUGUUGGCAGCGUCGUCAUCGCCACCCUGCCUGCCGCAGGUUUGUUCUUCACCACCUACGAGGCCACCAAGCCCUUCUACGCAGGCCUCUCCUCCGCCUUGCCAGGCCAUGCUGCCCUGCCCACGCCGCUGGUCCACUCCCUGGCGUCCGGCACCGCCGAAAUGGCCUCGUGUCUGGUGCUCACCCCUGCAGAGGUCAUCAAGCAGAACGCGCAGAUGAUCCGCUCCAGCCGCGGCUCCGGUCCUGAACCCUCCCGCGGCUGGAGGAACAGCACAUCCAUCCAGGCCUUCCGGGAUCUGGCAGCACCAGGAGAUGCUGGCGGCCCUGCCCGACGCCUCCUGACGGGGUAUACUGCCCUGGUGGCCAGGAACCUGCCCUUCACCGCCCUGCAGUUCCCCAUCUUCGAAGCACUCAGACGGCGCAUCUGGGAGUCGCGCGACAGGCAGGCAAAAGCCACGCACACGCCCAAGGACAGACAAGAUGGAGAUGGGGCAGCCCGAGGGGAGAGAAGGGUGGAGCAGGGCGCAGUGGCACGUGGGCUACUCGAGACCGGCCUUGUCAACGGCGCCAGCGCCGCGCUGUCUGGUGCCGUAGCCGCAGUGGUGACCUCGCCUGCAGACACGGUCAAGACACGGAUGAUGCUUUUUGCCGGCCAAGAGAGGCAGCAGCGGGCCCUGCUCGAGAAGCAGGGGCAAGAGCUGCGGGAGAGACGCAAGCAGCUGGAGGGCGCGGCCAGACGGCAAGGGUUGAACGGCAUGCAGGUGGCGAGGCUGAUCUACCAGGAAAAGGGAGUGCACGGGUUGUUCAGGGGGGGACUGCUUAGGGCAUCGUGGACCGCGUUAGGCAGCGGACUAUAUCUGGGCACGUAUGAGGUUGCCAAGGUGUGGUUAAAGGGCAGCAGCGGGGCGGGUGAUAGGGAUGACGACAACCUGUGAGAGGUUGGAAGGCCGGCCGUGGCGAUGUGAGGUUCUCUGCCGCGUCAAUGGUGGCAGGAUAAGAAGGGAGGGCCGCGCAGCAGCAGGCAGCAGCAGGACGGUGUUCCUCGUGAUGGCGCAACGCUCUUCAGCACGGUCUACGAUACAGCCGGUUGUAUAUUGUGAGCCAUGAGGUCGUCUUGCUCCUUUCGCCGAAGUUGCCGUGUCAAUGCCAGCCAUGGCCGCCUCUGGGCUCAUGUCAUGACUGCUUGUUCCGAGCAUGGCGGGCCAGUCACAGAUGGGCGAUAGUCCUGCAGCAUUAGCGCAACCAGCUUUGAGUUGAGGAUCGGGCCGCAGCUGCAUAACCGGCUCUCUCUUUUUGUGGGAGUGUGUGUAUGUGUGCGUGGUGGUAAUGGGGGGUGCAUCUGAAUGGGGGAGUUUGUGGUAGGUCGGUCUCGGUUGCGGUUCCUCCAGUGGACGGGAACGGUAUGUGGUUCAUGGUCCAAGGCAUAGGGCCCUUCUACCCUUCCUUACCUUAUCUACGCUAUCACGGGCAGGAUCCCGAGUCGGCCAGUCUGGGUAGAGCGUCGCAGAGUUGCGUUGCAGGAGGCGUAGCAUUGGUGCGAAGAGGUGGAGGAUCCAAUCCCAGCAUGCGCACAUUAUCAGAUAGACAGAGCAUAGUUCUGCAUUGCCACGUCUCGCCCAGCCGGACUUGACAAAAGGUAGGAAAUGACUCGACCAGAUAGGUCAUGCAUGCUCAUAUCCCCAG